AUGCAGGUCGUCUCCUUCCGUACCCUGGCCGGCGUGGGCGUCAUUUUUCUCGUAGGGGUGUCGCUCUGCUUCAUCGUAUUGCCGGAGGCAUUUCGAGUCUUCCAGCUUUCACUGCAGAAGAGUGCGAUAAUGAAAGACCAGGAUGUUUCAGACAUUAUUACGCCUCUGGAUGAGCCUCAACCACUCAACAAGACUGCAUCUUCGUGUUCCCCCAAAUCAGAGGAACAGGCCAUUCUCCAAGAAUGGGAUUCGUCGCACUUUCUGCAAGGUCCUCCAACGAAGCAAUUCAGAGAGAAUCUUCGUGAUGAUACUUUUUACAUCACAGCUUGGUCAAAUUCAGGAUUCACAAACCAAUUCAUGGGCUAUGUCAACAUGAUCUACUUGGGGAUGAUUUCAGACCGUGUUCCUAUAAUUCCACCGUUCGGCCCACAUCACAUCUCAUAUGAUUCUGGAUCCCUUCGGUUCAGCCACGUAUUCAACCUCACACGAGCCAGGCGAGCUCUCAAACGCCCACUCCUUGAAUGGCACGAACUCAAAGAAGAGGAUUCCCCUACCUCGCUCUCAGAACCAUUACCAGAGGAUCGAGAACCCCUCGGCUGCUGGUCAGCCCGACACGAGGGUAAUCCCACCCCCAUUCGCGUUAAGUCGGUCAUAGAUCACCUCAAACUCGACACUUCAUACACCCGCGUACCGUCCAACACGCGCCAUUUUCCAGACGAGAAGACCACCGACUUCCUGGUCUUCAACCAACUCGUGCCCUAUGUAUUCCCGAGGCACCCUUGGCGCCCACCCUCUUCCUUCCCCCUGAUGGAAGCGUCGCCACUAGGCCAACGCCUACCUCCAGACGAGCAGCUGUCUUGCUUCGACUUUCUAUACUACGUCACAUCGAGUAGGGAGUUGUUCGAAUGGCAGUACUCGUGGUCGCCUGCAUGGCGGUUAGUUGCGACCCACUUACGGUUUACGGACGAGUUAGUGGAUCAAGCACAGAGUUAUCUUCGACGAGCGUUUCAGGUGACAGAUGGGACACCACCUUUUAUUGCGGUACAUAUGCGACGCGGUGACUUCGGGCAGCAGUGUCGGGAUGGUAGGACAUCGAAGGAGUGUUUCGUUCCGCUUGAGAAUUAUCGAAAAGCAGUGGAGUCCAUGCAACAGGAGUUGCGAGAAAAGAAGGGAAUGGAUGUGAAGGAUGUCGUCCUUAUGUCAGAUGAGCAAGACGGAAAAUUCUGGGAUGAAACCAAAAAGCUUGGCUGGGCGCGUCUCGACCACCAUAAAGAACAGACAGUGGAGAAGUACGGAGAAUGGUAUCCGCUGCUUCUGGACAAUAUUGCACAGAGCCUGGCUGCGGGUUUCGUGGGGACAGGUGACUCGACGUAUAGUCUUCUUAGCGCACGGCGGGUGGAAGACUGGAAUGACGGACCGACGUUCAUGGUACAAAGGUUCUUGGGUGCCCGUUCGUUAUAUUAUGAAGAUGAUGGGGAGCCAUAG